CCUAAAUGACAAGAUGAUCAAUGUAGCGGAACAGAUCAACAAGUCGGUGCGAGAGUACCUGCCAGAACAUGGGUUUAAGGAAUGGGGGACUGACCAGCAGGCGAUGCUGACCGGUCAGAUUCAGCAAGUGUCGAGCCAUGACCACCCUGUAUACAAACUAGUCGCCAAGAGAUUAAAGGAAUUUAUCAAACAGAUAAUUUCCAAGAAGCAUACAAAGCCUUUACAGAUGCCGGUGGGGUUUUCUGUCGUGGAGGAAGAAUUAGGCCAGGUCUGCGGUCAGUUUUUACGUCUCAUUUCCUACAACCGGUCAGUCUUCUUUGCCCAUUACUCGGACAUUAUAAACACACUCCUGCAAUGGCGGACUGAGGAUUUGUCCCCUCGAGGCUGAAAUGUCGAUGUGGAUGGCAAACUUAUGAUGACAGUUAUAUAAUAUCGUCAACAUCAAAACGCUGACUCAUCAACAUCAAAACGCUGACUCAACAUCUUCAGGGACGGGGUCUCGUUACCUGUGCUGUGAUACUUGGAGAAAGACAAUGUCGCAUUUGGGUUAUAAUGUACAUAUCAGGUGGGGCUGGUACAUGUCUAUAUGUAGCUAGCUUCUCUGUUGUAAAGUAUUUUGAUUGACAGAAGAUUUACGAGUCCGAGGAGAUAUCUGUCCCGGACUCACAAUUCUUUGAGACAGUAUAUGCUGGUAAAUCUGGAAGUGGACUGAAGAAUUGUGAUUCAGAAAACAAAAGACCAUUCGCUUUAGACCUAACUUCUUAUCAAUAUGGAAAUUGACUCCGGAUCUGUGAUUCGGUAUAUAGGACAGGACUGACUUCUGAGUCUGGUAUAAAGUACCUUUUAAUCAAUUAGGAAAUGUCUGUUCUUCAUCUAACUUCCAGACACAAUACAUAGAGAUACAGAAUAGGGCUACAGACUUCUGUCUGUCAUGAUAAUACCUAGAAAAUGGAGCGAGGACUUCUGGUUUGGAAAGGAUUGAUGAUGACCCCAGGAAAGAAUAAAGAUUCCGGAUUAUCUAUACUUAUCACCUUCUCAUCAUUUUUAAGGCAUUAAGUAUGCAUGGAAUGGAUUUUUGAAUGUAUUUCUGUAAGAAUUUUGAAUGAAUGAUAACUUAUCACUUAAUCUGUUUGUGAGAUUAUGUUAUCAUUAUGACUGACAAAUUAUACAUAUAUAGUUCAAAAUACAGAAAUAUAUAAAAAUAUAUAAUCACAUAUGUAGAGUGUGUUUCCAUUAUAAAAGUCCAUUUUAUGAUGAACUGUAUAAAAGAUGUUUUUAAUUGGAUGUGAUAGAAUUGUAUAUUAUUGCCAACUUAGUUUGAUUUGUGAACUUGUAAUCUAGCAGGUGAGAAUAUUUCCCCACAAUUAUAUAUGUGACUAAGCUGUGGUAUCUGUCCGGUGAUAAGCCCAAGGGGGGCAACACAUCAACUUUAACUUGAAGAAUGGAGUGGAUUUAAAUUUAUUGCCAGAAAAUUAUGAUUACAGCAUUUGUUAGAAUGUUCAAUGAACUACAAUAGACAAGUACAGGCUUAUAACCAAGUUUGGGGUUAUAACCAAGUUUGGUGUUAUUACCUAAAGUUUUGGGGUUAUUACCAAGUUUGGGGUUACUACCAAGUUUGGGGUUACUACCAAGUUUGGGGUUAUUACCAAGUUUGGGGUUACUACCACAAUUGGUGUUAUUACCUAAAGUUUUGGGGUUAUUACCAAGUUUGGGGUUAUUACCAAGUUUGGGGUUAUUACCAAGUUUGGGGUUAUUACCAAGUUUUGGCUUAUAACCAGGUAUUGGCUUAUAACCAGACAUGGGCUUAUUACAAGACAUGGGCUUAUUACCAGACAUAUGGACUUAUUACCCGACAUGGACUUAUUACCUGACAUGGGUUUAUUUAACUGGCAUGGGCUUAUUGUGGGGUAAUCCUGAUAGAGACUUACUGUAUACUAGAGGUAGCUACUGUAUCUAUAUCCGGUACACAAAUCUAUUUUAUUCAUUCAUGAAAACUGAUCUCAGUCACAAAACCUUAUGGUUCAUUCCAGUAGUUCAUAGUGGUAUAAAUGACGCUGAUGAAAGUAUGUCAGAGUCUAGUUCAGUCAAUAAAAUUUUCUAUGGGAACACUUGAUUCUUCCAUUUUUUUGUGCCGUCUGCCAAGUCUGCUUGUCACCGGCAUGUCAUAUUUAAAUGAGGCAGCAUAAAAAUCUGGGACAAAAUAGGGGGCCGCGGUGGCUGAGUGGUUAAGAUGUACCGACACUUUAACACUAGCCCUCCACUUCUUGGUUGCGAGUUCGAAACCUACGUGGGGCAGUUGCCAGG